UCCAAGGUAAGUUCGGCCAAGCGUCGUCACAAAGAAGAGUAUUUGGUUAUGUUGGAAAGUGUAUCUUUUAGGUGAUUUUAUCGCCAAUUGGUCAAACAUAUCCCAUUGGAUAUAUACCUUGGGUCGUGUCUAUUUAGAGCGACAACCGAGGUAUGCAAAAUAAUUCGGGAAUAGCAGCACAAGACAGUUCUUGGAACACAAUUAACGAAAGGAGUGAAGCUUUGUCAUUUGGUGCCAGGAUGAAUCCAGGCAAUGAUAAGGAGCUAAACGAUUUACUUGAUUUUAGUGCUAUGUUUUCCCCUCCCAAUGCACGUCGUCAUCAACAACAGCAGCAACAGAUGAAAAAUGGUCCCAACAAUAUGGAUAAUAAUAUGUAUCAAGGUCACCCAGCUUACAAACCAGGAAUGAAUGAUGGAGGACCCUGGAACCCCAAUAGUCAACCCACUCCUGCAGGUUAUGAAUCUAGGCUUUAUGAAAAUGCACCAUAUAAUGGACAGAGUCGGGGAGAUGAAAUGCAUCCUUUUAAUAUGAAUAAUAAUGAUAAUAUGCCACCUUUAAUGAAUAAAAAUACUGAAAUGACUUAUGGAAAACCACCGGGUAUGAUAAAUAGUAAUGUACCUAUGUCACCAGAAUCCUUGCCGACCACAGGAAGUCGAGGUGGUGGGAAGUAUACUCCCCCAGAAGCUGGUGGGGGGCGACGGAAAGUGGGACCGGUGUAUUCUCCAAAUGCGGAUGAGUAUCCACAAGACUCACCAAGAUACACAUCUCCAAAACCAGGAAUGUAUGGGGAUUAUUUUUUAGAUACACCUCAUAGUAACGCCGACCCGUGGUCCUCCAACAAUGCAUUGCCUUCCUCCACUUACCCCUCCACAAUGCUGCCUAGCAGUUCACACUACUCUCAGGCUUCUUCUUAUAACAAUAUGCACCAUCCACAUGACAUGGGUUAUCCCCCAAUUUCUCCUAAUCAAGAAGCAAUGUUGUCUUCCGGUCUUCCGCCAAUGUCCAGUUUUCGAGGGCAAACAAUGCCCGCUACAUCAUCUCCCACUGUUAAUGGAUCUGAAAUCAUUGCCAACAGACCCAACCCUGUUAAUACACAACAAACUGGUGAUGCUCUGGGGAAAGCAUUAGCAUCUAUAUAUUCUACAGAACAUACUGGCAGUAGUUAUGGAGGAUCUAAUCCUUCCACACCUGUUUCCUCACCUCCCCCUAUGUCAGCUUCGUCCAGCCAAUGGCAUCGGCCAACAAAUCACAGUGCUACCUCCCAACAACAUUUUGAGGGUCAUUUACAUCCUAUGCCCAGCAUUCUCCAUACCAGUAAUCAACCCAUGGAACGUCUGAAUGAAGCUAUUCAUAUGCUGCAGGAGAAUACUGAGGCCCGAGCAGAAGACAGAUUGGAAGAUGCCAUCCAUGUUUUACGAAAUCAUGCUGAAGGUCAACUACAAGGAUUACAACAUCCAGGACUUCCUCCCAUGAUGCCACCCACACAUUCCAAUGGCAUGAUGGGAGGUAUAGGUCCAUACUCAGGCAUGCUGGGAAGUCAUAUGGAUUCUCAUAUGGGUAGUCAUUCUUCUGUUCCUGGUCCUGAUGGAAGACCAGCUGAAAAUAAAAGUAAAUUUUCUACAUUAAGAGAGCAACCCUCUGAUCAACCCACAACUGAUGGUAGUAUAAAAGUAGAAAAAAUAGACAAGGGUGGAGAUGCAAAAGUAACAGAACCUAAUAAAAAAGCAGAGAAAAAAAUCAGUGCACCUCCCACUAAAAGAUCUCGCAGAGUUGUAACUGAUGAAGAGGAAGAAGAUGACACAAAUCCUGAAGGUAAACAAGAACGGGAAAAAGUUCGCAGACAGGCUAACAAUGCCAGAGAGAGAGUAAGAGUGCGAGAUAUUAAUGAAGCGUUUAAAGAACUUGGAAGUAUGGUAACUAUUCAUUGUUCAGCUGGACAACCUCUAACUAAGUUAAUGGUUUUACAACAAGCUGUCAAUGUUAUCACAUCAUUGGAAGGACAAGUCAGAGAACGCAAUUUAAAUCCUAAAGCGGCAUGUUUAAAACGACGAGAGGAGGAGAAAACGGAAGAUCUACCCGGACGUUCUAUGAAUUCUGUGAAUUCAGUAAACUCAGAAGAUUUGGCCCAGCAGGCAGUGCUGGCAGAUAGUGCGGCCCUGAACAACCAGGUGAAGGGAAUACAGGAGGCUGGUGGUAGUACAACAACUCAUCUACUGGAUAAUGAAGACUAUUAUUAUAAUGGACCAGUUACUAUGAAAUCUAGGAUGGAAACGAGUAUAAUAGCAACUAAAGGCGUUUCAUCAAACACUAUCCCAGUGACUAGACAAUGGAACUAAAACAAUACACGGGAACAUGCCUCCACCACCCUAUAUAAUAUAGAGACGCCAUCAUGCGAUUAGUAUAUAUAUUGGUGAAGACUAUAUGACAGAAGUGCGUGUGUAUUAUUUCACCAUCACCUUCAUGCCUUAUGUAUGAUAAUAUAUGAUAAUCAGUGUAUGACGGGGCUUUCACCCGAUUUGGAUCGUACAGUGCUGUCCUUACACAGGAUUAUUAACCUUGCAGUGAACAAUGUUAUGGUUUGUCACUGCCUUAGUUAAUACCUACAGUGAGCAAAUACUACAAAUGAUGACCUGUACCAUCAAAUCAACAUGUUGUGAGUGAAAUCUUCCACCUGUGUGAAUAUUGCCAGUUAUGUAUAAAUGACAAGUAAACUGUUUGAUUUGGAGCAUUUCUCUAGUUUUCCUUCCUACUUGGAAGGUGUUGAUUACAAAUCUGACAGGAAUAUGUGACAUCUCAUUGUGUACAUUUCAUCAUCUCAUUUAAAUUCGCAGCAUUUCAUUCACAUUAUUGAACUACAUAUUGACUUUCAACAAAGCAUAAUUUGAGAGUUCUUAAUCUCAUCUGUAUGGCAUAGUAAGAUCACUGAUACCAACACCCCCAGUGUUUUAAUAUAUAUAGCCGCCAUGAAGUUUGAGUUCUAGAAGACGAAGUUUAUUUUGCUAUAACUUACAAUCAUGUGUUCAUGUAGUUUUUGCUCUGCUGUUUUGAGGUUUUAGCACUGACAGGAAAUUUUUUGGUGCAUUUUAUUUUGACAUAUUUCUCAUUUGUACAAAUUCAGUUUAUAUAAAAAACAUAGAGACAUAAUAUCUGCCUAGAUUGAUAGCAGUAUGAGUGAAUUCAGAGUGGUUGUUCCAUAUUAUUAUUGUGCCUAAUUCAAGUUAUGAUGAGCACAAAUUGAUUUACCGAAUUUGCAUUUACAAUGCUGUAUGCCGAAGGAAGAGAAUACAAAUGCAAAGGAUUUUAUUAUAUUAUAUUUGCAUAUAUUUAUUGCAUUAUCACUUCCAGUUUUUAAAUCUUGUCUAUUUUUGAUGAGUAGAUUGCCAAAUAACCCUAGCAAAUUAUUGUAGUUAUAUGUAACUUUUAGUUUUGCCAUUGAGAUGGCUUACAGGGGGACAGUGGGAAUUUGUAUAUCAUUGUGCAAUUAUAUAUUAUGUCAAGAAGCAUCAAACUUGUGUACAUUCUAGGUAAACUUUUCUUAUAUUAUGGCAAGUUGAAAUUCUAAAUUUUCUCCAAAAGUUGCAACUGAAUAUGAAGUUACCUCGCAAGAUACAACUUGCCUCCGAUAUUCAAACUGCAUUUACUGAAUUUAGUCUUUUGACAAAACAGAAUCCAGGACAUGAUAGAUUUUAUAUUUUGGUUCUUAAAAUUAUUUUGUUUUAGUUGAUUUAAAAAUUAUUUUAUUCAAUUAUGUUUUAACAAAAUAAGUUGUCCAUUAUGGACAAUGGGAAGAAUCUUGUUCCUUUAAGUUUAACCAAAAUUCAUGUAGGGGGUGUCGCAAAAAAUCUGGGUCCAGAAUAUAUCUACGUGGCAAUGUUUAUUUUUGUUUUGUGUGGUAGUUAAUAAUUAAAACCUAUUGUACAUUAAUCACUAGCUUUGGUCAUCUUUUAAUUAUAUCCUAAAAGAUUGAGGAAUUUUUUUUUUUUUUUUUUUGAAAGUUGAAAUGUACUUGUACUUAAUACAGUUUAUAUAAAAAAGAUUCUAAAGAUAGGUAUAUAUUUAUAUAGAUAAAAUAUGAAUUUGGAAUGCCUCUCUACAUAAGUCUAUAUCCCUUUACCGUUUAGAUUUUUACCAAUAUGUCUUCAAAAUUUUUAUUCUGUCUCCUCGAACUUUUCACGAGUAGUUUUUAAUUAAGAUUUUUUUUUUUUACUCUUUCACCACCAAGAUAAAGUUGUUCUUGUGCUGUGCACAGUACUUGUGUUCUCACAUGAUUCUGAUUUUAUUCACUCGAAGUUGUUCUCGUCACUGCACUGACAGUAUACUAAUUGUACUAUGAAUUGUAAAUAAGAUAUAAAGUGUUGCUGUUUGAUUUUCCUUUUAUAAAACAUGUUGAUUUUUUUGUAUUAUGUGGCCAAUUAAGUAUAAAAUAAUCCAUUAAUAGCUUCAUAAUGGAACCAAUUGAAUUAAUUACGCUUUAGAAUCUCUAAUUCAUAAUUGAGAAAAUGCUAUGAGAAAUUUAAAAUUCACAAUUUGAUUUUCCUGUUUGUUGAUCCAAUUUAAACAGCUACAUGUAUUAUGAACUGAAUUAUGAAUACUGACUUUUGAAUUGGAAUAAAUAAUAUGAAUAUUAAUGAAGUGAAAUGUAUAUGCGGUUAUUUCAUAAGGAGAAAAUACAUGAACAAAAAGUUCAUUCAAAAUGAUAUUUUUAUAAAAAUGAAUAAUGAAAAUAUAAUAUAAAAUAUAAUAUAAUUAAAUAUGAAAGCCAUUCAAAGAUGGCAAAAUUUACUUUGAAUGUAUUAUUGCGAUUGCAAGAGAUGUAAAAUUGUUUCAAUAUUUUUUUUGUCAUUAUUAAAUCUUGGAGUAUUAUUAAAUUCUACUAGGUAAUCAACUAUAUAAACAAAAGAAAAUAAAACUUAUAACAAUAAUAUACCUUUCCUUACAGCGUUAUUACUUGUAUAAAGGGAUACUUAUAAAAUAAAACAAGACAUCUUAUUGGUCAAUCUGUUUAUAUACACUGUUCUCUGAUUGGCUGAAAUGUUGUUCCACAGAUUGUUAUGUGGAUUGGGCUUCCAAACUUCAAAUUUUACCUGCAUAGGACCAUUAUCAUUGUAAUACCCAUACUAUGUAAAUUAAAUAUCAGCAUGUUUUGAGCUAAUAAAUCUUGCAUGCCAUUAAA